AUGAAUGGGACUGAUAUCAGCGUGGGAAUCCGUCACAGCGAACAUAACGGAGCCGUUGUCACGGCCAUUAACUACAGCACCUUAACUAGGUCUCGCCAGCAGGCUGACACCGUAUUACAUACCUUCCAUCACACAAUCACCGAAAUUCUCCGGCAUACCGAGCAGACGGUGGGAGAUUUGCAUCUCUGCAGUAAUGCAGAUGUUCAGCAAAUGGCACAAUGGAACAUGGCAUUCUGUAAGAAAACAACCUAUGGUGAGCAAUGCGUCACGGAGGUCAUCUUGCGACAGUGUUGUGAGUACCCUGAUGCUAUGGCCAUCUCGGCAUGGGACGGCCAAAUGACGUACUGUGAACUGGACCGGCAUUCUGCUCGAUUGGCAGCACAACUGGUGAAGCUUGGCAUUGGCCCCGAGAUAUGUGUUCCACUGUGUCUGGAGAAAUCGAAAUGGGUGGCGGUCGCCGUGUUAGGCGUGCUACGAACUGGGGGAGCAUUCGUGCUCGUUGAUGUCUCCCAUCCCCCCGAUCGAAUUCGUAAAAUUUCUCAGGCCGUUUCAGCGCCUGUUGUAGUUUGCUCGCGCGCAUGUGAGUCGCUAGCCCGGGGUUUAGCGGGUAAGCUCGUGGUCAUCGAAGGAUGUCUGAUGUCGAACGGGGAUCAUGACGAGGAUGUCCCCCUUCCAAAGCACCAAUCCUCACCCUCGGAUGUCCUGUACGUUGUGUUCACUUCAGGAAGUACCUCGGAACCAAAGGGGGUUGUGAUGGAACAUGGGUCAUUCUGUGCCUCUACCCAUGCCACUGCAAGUUCACUUAUGCUGGGACCGGACACCCGCCGCCUACAGUUCUCCUCCCACGCAUUUACCAUGUGUAAUCGUGAGCUGCUGAUGACCCUCAUGGUGGGUGGCUGUCUUUGCAUCCCCUCGGAGGAAGACCGCAUCUAUGACCUUGCUGGGUUUAUCAAUCGACACCGGGUGAACUAUACAUACCUGACUCCACCAAUGGCCAGCCUGUUGUCUCCCUCCGACGUUCCUACCCUUCGCGUGCUGUUACUCGGCGGCGAGCCCAUUGGGGGAUUCCAUCUCGCAGAGUGGACCAGCAAUUUACGGGUGAUCUACGGCUACGGUGCGAGUGAAACUGCCGGUGUGGCCAUACUGGCCUCAGAUCUGAACUCCGGCUGGGAUCCACGCAACAUCGGAUUUGCAUGUGACUCCUGCCUAUGGGUAGUUGAUGCCGACGACCCGAACCGACUGGUGCCGAUUGGCGCCGUGGGGGAGUUAUUGAUCCAGGGAAAGGGGCUGGCAAGGGAGUAUCUCGGAGACGAGACGAGGACGCGUUCAGUCUUCCUGCAGACAGCGGAUUGGCAAAGAAGGCUCAUGCAGCAUGGGUACAGUGCGCCUCAGGAGCGUCUGUACCGGACGGGGGACCUGGUCCGAUACAAUCUAGACGGAUCUAUCCAUUAUAUUGGACGAAAAGAUAGCCAGGUGAAGGUGAACGGGCAACGGGUGGAACUGGGCGAAGUCGAGUUUCAUAUUAGAGACUGUCCGGAGCUAGUGAGUCGAGGCGUGCGGAAUGUUGCUGCGAUUGCUGUCAACACUGCGGCGACCCAGGAGGGGACAGUGCGUACGCAGCUUGUUGCCUUCCUUGAGCAUGGCCCGUCACAAGUGACGAAGGAAGACGAAAGGGAGUACCAGGGAGUAAGGAUAGUCCACUCUGACGUGUUGGCUACGGCACUUGAGCAGCACUUGGUCCAGUCCAUACCCCGAUAUAUGAUCCCGGUGCAUUUCUUCUUUGUCUGCAGCAUGCCCAUGACCAAAUCCGGGAAGCUCGAUCGACUGCGCUUACAGGCCAUUGCAUCAGACAUCCUCACCGCUGGAGACAGCGACCCAAUUCCUAACCGGUCCACUGCCACAGCAGAAGAGCGCGUCUUACAGGAGAUCUGGAUGGAGACUCUAGGGCUACCGCACAAACCUCGGAAGCAAGAUGACUUCUUUAGCAAAAGCGGCGACUCGAUAGCAGCGACUAAAGUGGUUGGACGCCUGCGGGAGAAAGGCUUCAUGCUCAGUGUCGCCGACAUCUUCAAGCACCGAACGCUAGAAAGAAUAGCCUCGGUUCUCUGCGCAUCGCAACGCGUGACCGCGGAAUGUGCGCCCUUUUCGCUGAUUACCGCAAAUAUCACUCUCCUAAAUGCCGUGAUGAAGCAGAUCAAGGUAGAAAUUGACGAUAUUGAGGACAUUUACCCCUGCACACCUAUGCAAGAAGGUCUCAUGGCCCUGUCGAUUAAGAAUCCCGGUUCCUACUGUGGCUGUUUUACAUGGACGCUGCCAUCUACCGUUGAUCUCCAGCUGUUCAAGGCAGCAUGGGAGACAGUUUGGAUGAAGAACCCGAUCCUGCGCACACGCAUUGCCCGUCUGCCGCAGGGCAUGCUGCAGGUGGUCGUGCGAGGGGACAUUCCUUGGUCGACAGUCACAGAGGACAACGAGCUGGGCACGGGCAUCAAAAAGCCCCACGUCGACAAUGGGCCCCUGGUCCAGUUCUCGAUCGCUGCCAGUCACGGCUGCACAUUCCGCAUUGUCAUUCACCAUGCCAUCUAUGAUGCCUGGUCGCUCGAUAUCCUCUGUGAGCAGGCACAGCAUGCAUAUAACGGUGCCAAGAUCGAUUUCCACCCGGCCAACACAUUUAUUCCCUAUCUGCGAAAACAUGCCGGUCCACUUUCCGCCCAAUUCUGGAAAUCAGAGUUCGCGGAGCUUAGGGCAAGCCAGUUCCCUGUGCUCCAAGGGACCAUGCUUGGACAAGGUUGCGCGACGAUAGAACUGAAGCAUAGGCUCCCAAAUGCGGGGACUGAGUUUACCAUAUCAUCCAGUCUUCGGCUCGCGUGGGCUCUUGUCCUGGGGCUUGAAUCGGGUUGCGAUGAUGUAGUCUUUGGAGCCACCGUGACUGGACGGGGUGCGGAUGUUGAAGGCAUUUCUGGGUUCACUGGCCCUACGAUCGCAACAGUGCCGGUUCGAAUCCAGCUCCGAUACGGUCAAUCAGUCGAGGAAAACCUCGUUCAGGUACAUGAACAAUUUGCGCGCAUGAUUGCCUUCGAGCAAACGGGCCUCCAGCACAUUCGCCUGGCGGGACCCGACGCAGCCGCCGCUUGCGAAUUUCAAAACCUACUCGUCAUCCAGCCGCGAGGGCGUCAGCAGGCCAUGCGGCAUGGCAUCUUUGGCCAACCAUUGCCGAGCGCCGACAGCUCUCUGAUAACUGGCAUGGACUACCCGUUGACACUCAUCUGCGAGGUAGGGGAGCAAUCCCUUGUCUUCAAGAUGUCCUUUGCGCGAGAGGCCAUUGCUGAGCAGGAUGCGCAGCGGAUACUGAAGCAACUGGCUCACGUUCAUGACCAGGUGGUGGUUGGCGGGAAGAGACGACUCAGGGAUAUCGAUCUCAUCCAUCCAGAGGACCUUGCACGGCUCAAACAAUGGAACAGCCAUAUCCCGCCACGGUCUCAUGUCUGUGUCCAUGAUAUUAUACUGCAAACUUGCCGUACGCGGGCAGAAUCUGUAGCAGUCUGUGGGGUCGACCAGCAACUCACAUAUGAGCAGCUCGACAGAUACUCAGCCUACGUUGGCCAUUGUAUAGCGACGAAAGAUAUCCGCCCAGGGGAUAUUGUGCCCCUGGUGUUUGAGAAAAGCCCGUGGACUGCUGUUGCCAUGCUUGCAGUCUUAAGGGCCGGCGCCGCUUUUGUGCUGCUCACCCAUUCCCACCCUCUGCAGCGCCUCCAGAAUCUGGUGUCGGAGACACGCGCCAAGCUCAUUCUCUCCUCGAAGGCGUGCGCCAAAACAAGCCAACAACUUCACUCCGAGGUGGUUGUAGUUGAUAAUACUAUUGCGGAUCUUUAUGCAGAGGCACGCUGUCUCCCGUGCACUUUGCCCAAGAUGUCUGUCACCCCCGAGGACCCAGCUUUCAUUCUAUUCACAUCAGGUUCCUCUGGUACUCCCAAGGGGAUUGUGCUGCCUCAUGGAGCAAUCACGAGUGGGCUUGCUGUUCGCCAGAAAAAAUUGCGAAUGAACCCAGAGAGUCGAGUCUUCCAAUAUGCUUCUUACGCUUUCGGCGUUGGAGUCUUGGAUCAUCUGCUGUCGCUGAUGACGGGUGCAUGCAUCUGUGUUCCCGACGAGGAGGUCUUGCGCAAUGAUCCCACUAAAGCUGCCAGAGAUUUGCAGGCAAAUAGAGUGCUCGCCGUUCCGUCAUCGAUGCGCUUGAUUGAGCCCCGAGGCGUUCCAAGCAUACAGACGGUGCUGACUGGAGGAGAGCCCCUGAGGCGAGAAUUAGUUCGGGAAUGGGAGGGCCAGGCAACCUUGAUCCACUGCUAUGGAUCUGCGGAGUGCAAUGUGGUUGCGACAGUGUAUGAAGGUGUGCGCGUGGACGAUGACCUGGCCAAGAUCGGGACUGGGAUCGAGGUAGCGACUUGGAUAGUUGAUCCUGAUGAUCAUCACCGCCUGCUGCCCAUCGGAUCCGUGGGAGAACUUCUCUUGGAAGGGCCAACAAUUGCAUCAGGGUACUUGAACAAUCCAGAGCAGACGGCAGCCGCGUUCGUUGACUGUCCGCAGUGGCUCGCCAAUAUUCGUGCCCCUGGUCAUGCAGAGAGACUGUACAAGACAGGAGACCUAGUUCGAUAUUGUCCGGACGGGUCGCUAGUGUUUUUGGGCCGGAAGGACUUCCAGAUCAAAAUCAAUGGCCAGCGCAUCGAGCCGGGGGAGAUCGAGCAACGUAUCUUGGGUCACUUCCCUAAAGUCAAGGAGGCAGUUGUCGACCGCGUCCAGCUCAAGUGCAAUAAUGACCAAGCAGUCCUUGUGGCCUUCCUGUCGUCUCGUACCAGACAUAUCUGGGGAGAGCCACCUCAUGUGGAAUGUUCGCGCGAUUUGGAGGUCGCACAAGGUCCAUCCAGUCAAUUUUAUCUGGACAUGCACGAUAUUGCAGCCUACUUGGGGCAAAGCCUACCAUCUUAUAUGGUUCCGUCAGUCUUCGUUCCUCUCACUGGUUUCCCCAAAACAGCUACUGGGAAACUGAACCGUCGCCGACUGCGUGAGGUUGUCGCCAUGUGGGAUCGCGAUCGAGUCAGCCUUUACCACACAGAGCGCCUAGGAGGCGCCGGCGCCCAGGUGGCAGUCACCGAUGAAGCAAAGCAGAUGGUUACCCUCGUUGCUACUGUCCUCGACAUGGAUCCCACGAGUGUCUCCGCGAAGGGGAACUUCUUCAUUCUUGGCGGAGACUCAAUCGCUGCGACCCGUCUGUCUAUGCUGGCCAAAGAGCAUGGACUCUUGUUGACUGUUCAAGAUAUCUUCCUCCACCCGGUCCUAUCGGACAUGGCCGAGGUGGCGAAGCCUUUGGCAGAAUCCCGUCCCUCGCCAGAACUUGGAACCACCGGGCAAUCGUUGUUAGUCGAAGAAAGGGCACAAAGGAUUAGGGAUAUCGUUUCGCGGGUUCUCAAAAUGCCGAAGACGGCCGUGCGCUUGGACAGCAACUUCUUCAGCCUUGGUGGGGAUUCCAUUACAUCGUUCGAGCUGGCCCUUAUUGCCAAGCGCGAGGGGAUACAUUUGACCGAGGACACAAUUUUUAAGUCCCCAGUGGUCAUUGACAUGGCUGCGGCAUCACGAUCGGUUGCAUCUGGUGCCCGGCGCUCAGAUUCGGAGGGUAGCCGAAUUGACACACUCAACAUACCCUCCGGGUCAAAUGAGUACGAGAGGAUAUACAAACGGCUGUCGGCAGAGAUAUCUAGCAGUGUCGUCGAUGCUCAUCCUCUCUCCGAAUUCCAGCAGAUGACCUUGGCGAUAAUGAACUACCGCUACUACUGCGUUGCAUUGCCUCCCAAUUUUGACCGGGGCCGACUCUGCCGUGCAUGCCAGGCGUUGGUCGACAGGCACGCUAUCUUUCGCACUGUCUUCACAUCUGAUAAUGGGGAGACGAUCCAGCUGGUUCUCAAAGAGUGGCAGAUAUUAAUCCACGAUUACGAGGUCGACGAUCUUGAUCGACACUGCUCAGAGGACGGAGCCACUGCCCAGGCCCCCACGAGUAGUGGGAAACCACCGCUGGACGUGCAGCUGGUGACCCUGAAAGGUGCCCAGGACACGUUUCUCGUCUUCCGACUCGCACAUGCGCUGUUUGACGGCUACUCGCUCUAUAAUCUGAUUCAUGAUCUUUCCGCGUUGUAUAACGGCCGGUCCUUGCCUCCCACCAGCUCAUUUUUGACGCAUUUGCGCGCCGCAAAAGCCAUGAAGACGGACGCCGCCUAUAGCACAUGGCGACGUCUGCUGCAUGGGUCACAGAUGACAUCGCUGCGCCAGCACCGGCUGCCCGUUCCCGCUGGGACGGGGCGAGCUGCACCAGCAUAUUUAGUGAAGGCUAUGAAAACAAUCCCGCGCGUGUCCCCCCCAACCAAUAUCACAUUAUCUACAGCUCUCAAAGCCGCGUGGGCAGUCACGCUGCUGCGGUAUUUUGCUCCCAUCACCCGUUGUGCGGAAGAGACCACCGCGGACGUCGUCUUCGGACAAGUCUUCCACGGGCGCGAACUGGAUGUGCCCCAUGAGGAUCGCAUCAUUGGGCCAUGUAUCAGCAUAGUUCCAGUCCGCGUAUCGUUCCAACCAUCGACGUGCAAACUGGAGCUUUUGCGCACCGUGCAGCAGCAGCUCCUGGGCACAAUGUCGUGCGCGGCAUUGGAAUACCAGGACAUUGUGAAGAAUUGCACGUCAUGGCCCGAGACAACCCCGAUGGGCAGUUUUGUGCGCGUACGCAAUUACGAGAUUGAUCCACCGUGUUGGCUGGAUGGAGUGGCGUGUGAGACCACUUACAAAGUGCUUCCUAAUAAUCCGUCCGAGAGUGCCAAUGUGCAUAUCCACCCUACCGGAGACGAGCUGCGUGUAGACAUCACAAUUUCGAGUCACGUUCUCAGUCCAGAGCAGGUGGAAUAUGUCGUGGAGGAUUACUGCCGGACCAUCCAAGCCUUUGAUAGCGAUGCUAUAGCGCGAGAGCCUGCGAUAUCCGCUCCGUAA